UCCGCGCCUCGCCCCCCGGGUGCCCCGCCCCUCUGCGUGGCUGGCGUGGCCGGUAGGCCCGGCUCCCCCCGGCAAACCUGUCUGGUUGGGGCGGGGAGCGGAGCUUCCUCCUCCGAGGGCCGUGCCGCGCUGCCAGAUUUGUGCUUCCGCCCCUGCCUCCGCGGCUCGGAGGCGAGCGGAAGGUACCCCGGGGCCGAGGCCCGUGACGGCGCGGGCAGGAGCCCCGGCAGUCCGGGGUCGCCGGCGCGGGCCAUGUCGCUGUUGGGGGACCAGCUGCAGGCCCUGCCGCCCUCGGCUGCCCUCACGGGGCCGCUGCUCGCCCCUCCGGCCGGCGCGACCCUCAACCGCCUGCGGGAGCCGCUGCUGCGGAGGCUCAGCGAGCACCUGGACCAGGCGCCCGAGGGCCGGGGCUGGAGGAGGCUGGCGGAGCUGGCGGGGAGUCGCGGGCGCCUCCGCCUCAGUUGCCUAGACCUGGAGCAGUGUUCUCUUAAGGUGCUGGAGCCUGAAGGAAGCCCCAGCUUGUGUCUGCUGAAGUUAAUGGGUGAAAAAGGUUGCACAGUCACAGAAUUGAGUGAUUUCCUGCAGGCUAUGGAGCACACUGAAGUUCUUCAGCUUCUCAGCCCCCCAGGAAUAAAGAUUACUAUAAACCCAGAGUCAAAGGCAGUCUUGGCUGGACAGUUUGUGAAACUGUGUUGCCGGGCAACUGGACAUCCUUUUGUUCAAUAUCAGUGGUUCAAAAUGAAUAAAGAGAUUCCAAAUGGAAAUACAUCAGAGCUUAUUUUUAAUGCAGUGCAUGUAAAAGAUGCAGGCUUUUAUGUCUGUCGAGUUAAUAACAAUGUCACCUUUGAAUUCAGCCAGUGGUCACAGCUGGAUGUUUGCGAUGUCCCAGAGAGCUUCCGGAGAAGUGUUGAUGGCGUCUCUGAAUCCAAGUUGCAAAUCUGUGUUGAACCAACUUCCCAAAAGCUGAUGCCAGGCAGCACAUUGGUUUUACAGUGUGUUGCUGUUGGAAGCCCUAUUCCUCACUACCAGUGGUUCAAAAAUGAAUUACCGUUAACACAUGAGACCAAAAAGCUAUACAUGGUGCCUUAUGUGGAUUUGGAACACCAAGGAACCUACUGGUGUCAUGUAUAUAAUGAUCGAGACAGUCAAGAUAGCAAGAAGGCAGAAAUCAUCAUAGGAAGAACAGAUGAGGCAGUGGAGUGCACUGAAGAUGAAUUAAAUAAUCUUGGUCAUCCUGAUAAUAAAGAACAAACAACUGACCAGCCUUUGGCAAAGGACAAGGUUGCCCUUUUGAUAGGAAAUAUGAAUUACCGUGAGCACCCCAAGCUCAAAGCUCCUUUGGUGGACGUGUACGAAUUGACUAACUUACUGAGACAGCUGGACUUCAAAGUCGUUUCACUGUUGGAUCUUACUGAAUAUGAGAUGCGUAAUGCUGUGGAUGAGUUUUUACUCCUUUUAGACAAGGGAGUAUAUGGGUUAUUGUAUUAUGCAGGACAUGGUUAUGAAAAUUUUGGGAACAGCUUCAUGGUCCCUGUUGAUGCUCCAAAUCCAUAUAGGUCUGAAAAUUGUCUGUGUGUACAAAAUAUACUGAAAUUGAUGCAAGAAAAAGAAACUGGACUUAAUGUAUUCUUAUUGGAUAUGUGUAGGAAAAGAAAUGACUACGAUGAUACCAUUCCAAUCUUGGAUGCACUAAAAGUCACCGCCAAUAUUGUGUUUGGAUAUGCCACGUGUCAAGGAGCAGAAGCUUUUGAAAUCCAGCAUUCUGGAUUAGCAAAUGGAAUCUUUAUGAAAUUUUUGAAAGAUAGAUUAUUAGAAGAUAAGAAAAUCACUGUGUUACUGGAUGAAGUUGCAGAAGAUAUGGGUAAGUGUCACCUUACCAAAGGCAAACAGGCUCUAGAGAUUCGAAGUAGUUUAUCUGAGAAGAGAGCACUUACCGAUCCAAUACAGGGAACAGAGUAUUCUGCAGAAUCUCUUGUGCGGAAUCUACAGUGGGCCAAGGCUCAUGAACUUCCGGAAAGUAUGUGUCUUAAGUUUGACUGUGGUGUUCAGAUUCAAUUAGGAUUUGCAGCUGAGUUUUCCAAUGUCAUGAUAAUCUAUACAAGUAUAGUUUACAAACCACCCGAGAUAAUAAUGUGUGAUGCCUACGUUACCGAUUUUCCACUUGACCUAGAUAUUGAUCCAAAAGAUGCAAAUAAAGGCACACCUGAAGAAACUGGCAGCUACUUGGUAUCAAAGGAUCUUCCCAAGCAUUGCCUGUAUACCAGACUCAGUUCACUGCAAAAAUUAAAGGAACAUCUAGUCUUCACAGUAUGUUUAUCAUAUCAGUACUCAGGAUUGGAAGAUACUGUAGAGGACAAGCAGGAAGUGAAUGUUGGGAAACCUCUCAUUGCUAAAUUAGACAUGCAUCGAGGUUUGGGAAGGAAGACUUGCUUUCAAACUUGUCUUAUGUCUAAUGGUCCUUACCAGAGUUCUGCAGCCACCUCAGGAGCAGCAGGGCAUUAUCACUCAUUGCAAGACCCAUUCCAUGGUGUUUACCAUUCACAUCCUGGUAAUCCAAGUAAUGUUACACCAGCAGAUAGCUGUCAUUGCAGCCGGACUCCAGAUGCAUUUAUUUCAAGUUUCGCUCACCAUUCUUCAUGUCAUUUUAGUCGAAGUAAUGUGCCAGUAGAGACAACUGAUGAAAUACCGUUUAGUUUCUCUGACAGGCUCAGAAUUUCUGAAAAAUGACCGCCUUGUUUUUGAAAGUUAGCAUAAUUAUAGAUGCCUCAUGUGAGAUAGUACUACACUUACAUAAAGUGAAAAGGCAAAUUUGUAUAUGUAGAGAAAGAAUAGUAGUAACUGUUUCAUAGCAAACUUCAGGACUUUGAGAUGUUGGAAUUACAUUAUUUAAUCACAGACUUCCUCUUUCUAAGAUUUUGUGAAUUCGUUGAUUAGUUCUGUACAAAUGAAGUAUGGAGGUGUGUAUGUUUAUAUGUAUAUAACAAAAUAUUUUCAUCGUGACCAUCUGAAGUAAGAGCAAUGAGAAUGGCAUUAUUGCAGAAUAAGUCAUUGUAUUUUUAACACCAGAAAGAACCUUGCUGAUCACCAGGCAUAACCUCAUUUUAUCAAUGGAAGAAACACAUAGAGGCAUCUAAGUUAGAGCUGGCACCAGAACUGAGACCUCCAGAAAUCUAUUCCAGUAUUUUUUCCACUACACACUGCCUUCCUGACAGGUUCUGAGCUAAGUGUUAUUUUUGUAGAUAGAGUGAAAUAUAUUUAUAUGUAUAAAUAUAUAGAGAUACAUAGCUGUGUAUUGUCUAAAGGAAUGUACAGACUUUAGUUUUUGAUAAGGACUUUGCUGCAAGUUUUAGUUAAGAGGUUUGUAUAUAAAUCUGAUGUAGAACAGGCUGAAAUUUCUUGUUCAUAAGAUUAUAAAACCACAUGAGAAGUGAUCAAAUGUUUGUUAAAGCUAGAUAGAGGUUAAGAAUCAAGAUAUAAUGGAUAAUUUUCAUAGCUGCCUAUCUGAAUUUUCCAAAUAUUUAGCAUCUUCCUUGAUAAUAUGUAUUUUCUUCUUGAAUUUCACUGGCCUAAUGAGAUAAUAUUCUUAUCUUUGGUUCUACCUAAAAGUUGGUUAAAAAUGCAAUUGGCACUAACAAGGAAAAAUACUGAAUUAAUAAUUUUAAAAGUCUCACAAAGAAAAUCCCAGGGCUAGAUGGCUUCACUGCUGAAUUCUACCAAACAUUAAAAUUAGCACUAAUUUUUUGCAAACUGUUUCUAAAAGUAGGAGAGAAUAGAAUACUUCCCAACGUAUUCUAGGAGGUAUUACCCUGAUACUAGACUAGAUAUCACGAGAAAACUAUAAGCCAAUAUUCCUUAUUAAUACACAAAAAUCAUUAACAAAAAUAUUAGCAAACUGAAUCCAGCAACGUAUAAAAAGGAUUCUACAUCAUGACCAAGUGGAAUUUAUCCCAGGAAUUCAAGGUUGGUUCAACAUCUAAAAAUCAAAUAAACUAAUAUACAGUCAGUUCUCAUUAUUGACAGUAAUUAUGUUCUACAAAAUAUUCUCCCACAAACACUGAAUUAAAUAUGGAACAACUGCUUUUAGGAGAAUGUGUUUGUGUAUAUGUGUGUAUACAUAUGUUUAUCUCAUGCACAUUAUGAGCUUGAAUUCUUAAUUCAUCCUAGCAAAUUCUACUUUAUUUUACAGAAGUGAAAGUGAGGUAUCAAGUGUUAAGUGACAUGCCCACUAACAGGUGUCAGAGCUGAAAUUCAAACCCCAUCCACCUGGCCCUGGAGCCAGAGCUUCUUGUACUACACUGAAUUUCCCCUGCCAUUUCCAUCCUCCAGUCAUUUCUCUAUGAGGCUGAAACAGGAAGGCAGAGGCUGAAACAGGAAGGCAGAGCAUCAUCAUGUUCAGCCUCAGCUGGGACCAUGUGUAUUGGGUGACUCAAAUUUUUCAUCCAUUUACACAUAUCCACAAAUGACCACAAAAGUGCCACAGAUAUCAAUUUGAGGGUUAUAAAUUUUAGCAAGUUGGUAAAUUCACAAAUACAUAAUUGUGAAUAAUGAGGAUCAACUGUACCAUAUUUAAUAAAGCACAAAACCCACAUAGAUUGUCUUAAUAGAGACAGAAAUAGCAUUUGAUAAAAUCCAAAACUUUUCAUGAUAAAAACACUCAACAAAUUUAGGAAUAAAAGGAAUCUUCCUACACAUGAUAAAUAUAACAUCUAUGAAAAACACAUAUGACAUUAUACUUCAUGGUGAUAGACUGAAGGCUGAAUGUUUUCCUCUUAAGAUUGGGAAGGACAAGGAUGUUCACUCACACUACUUCUAUUCAGCAUUGUACUUGAAGUUCUAGCCAGAGCAGUUAGGUUAGGAAUUCAAGGUUUGUUCAACAUCUAAAAAAUAAAAUAAGCUAAUAAAAGCCAUUUAUACUGCAAAAAAAGUGAAACUAUAUGUAUUCACAGUUGAUAUAUACUUGUAUAUAGAAAAUGCUAAGGAAUCCCUAAAAAGUAAUGAGUUCAACAGGU